AUGGAUAAUGUGGUUGAAAAGGGCUCUUCUAUCCAAGAUGAGGCUUACACACUCAAACACGAGGCCACUCUGAACGAAAGCAACGACGUUCCUGGCUAUGAAGCUGAUCUUCAUUUUGAGCAGGAGGAAGUUCGGAAGGCCUUAUUCAAGGUCGAUUUCUUCAUCUUGCCCCCUAUUGUGCUAUGCUUCUGUUUUCUACAGUUCGAUCGCACAAAUAUUGGCAAUGCUCUCACUAGCAGCCUGCAAAAUGACAUACGCGUCGGGAAUACAGAAGUCAAUUUGGCACAAACGCUGUUCACAGUUGGUUUUAUUAUAACAGAGCUGCCUUUCAACAUGAUCAGCAAAUACAUCGGCCCCGAGCGAUUUCUUCCUAUUACAAUGUUCCUCUGGGGAAUAGUUACAUGGUCACAAGUUUUCAUGAAGAAUGAAAAAGGCCUUUACGCGACACGUUUCUUGAUUGGCGCACUCGAAGGGGGAUACAUCCCGGGAUUCGCUCUUUAUAUUUCAAAAUUUUAUACAAACCAGGAACUUGCAUUUCGGUAUGCUAUUUUCUGGGCUGCGAAUAGCUUUGCUGGGGCGCUAGGUGGUCCGCUGUCGAUUGGCCUGCUCUCGCUUGAUGGAAGAGGUGGAUUGCGUGGAUGGCAAUGGCUUUUUCUCAUUGAGGGGGUCUUGACUUGCUUCUUGGGCAUUUCAGCUUACUUUUAUUUCCCUCACAAUGCCGCUCGACCGAAAUCUAUCUUUGGAAAAUCGUUCUCAAUCUUUACGCCUCGAGAGGCUUCUGUCCUUGUUACUCGAGUAAUCUACAAUGAUCCGACAAAGGCACUCAGAUACGGAAAGCCGGUUUUGCCAUCACACAUAUUGGAUACGUUUCAGGAUUGGAGAUUGUACGGCCAUCUUGUGGCAGCAUUGCUCUCGAUGGUCAUGAUAUCGCCGAUGAAUACUUAUGCACCUUCAAUAAUCAAGUCUUUGGGGUUUACGUCCCUUCAGGCAAAUGGCCUCAACUCCGUGGGCAGCGUAUGUGCAUUAAUCUGGUCUGUGUCCCUUGCAUUCAGUAGUGACAAGUUCCAAGAGCGAGGCUUCCAUAUCGCUAUUGGAUAUAUAUGGGGAGCGAUUGGUCUUCUCUGGCUUGCACUAGCGCCGGAAGAUGUCGGGAAAUGGGUACUCUACGGAGGGGUCGUCUGGACUCAAAUGGGAAUGGGAAGUGCACAGGCUAUCAGUGCAGCCUGGCUUACUGCCAAAAUGCAAGAUUAUAAACGUCCUGCGGCCUUGGCUGCGUAUGUUAUGUGUAUCCAAUUAGCGAAUUUUCCUGGAAACCAACUAUUUCAAACACAAGACGCACCUCGCUACAGGAACGGUCUGAUAAUAGCCUCUGCUUGCGCUAUCGCGGCCUCGGUGGUUAUCCUGGUGUGGAAAUUGCUGUACCGUUUGUUCGAUGGUGGAGACGCCGGGCUGAAGUCGAAGGAUCAUUACUUUGAAAAUGGUACUACUGAUGCGAACGUAUAG